AUGGCUAACAACGGCGACUUCUCCGACGAAGACUCGCAGCCUGGCUCGCCCCUCCUGGGGAACACCGAGCACGAGGACGAAUUUGAGGACCAGGAACCCCUUGACGAGGGCGAGGAAAAGCCACUGAAGUCUUCGUUGAAGAAGGACUCAGUGCCUCCUAUUCCCGCAGUCACUCGCCCCGUCCUCCCUGAGCAGCCCGACCCAAACACUGUGGACUUUUCAACUUUUUCCCCGCUGUCGCCUGAAAUCAUUGCUCGUCAGGCGACUAUCAACAUUGGAACAAUCGGCCAUGUCGCUCACGGAAAAUCGACGGUGGUGAAGGCUAUCUCUGAGGUUCACACAAUUCGUUUCAAGACCGAACAGGAACGAAACAUUACCAUCAAGCUCGGUUAUGCAAACGCGAAGAUUUACAAGUGCGACAGCCCAGAGUGUCCAAGACCAACUUGCUACAAGAGCUUCAAGAGUGAGAAAGAGGUUGAUCCUCCAUGUGAGCGAGAAGGUUGCACAGGCACAUACCGCUUGUUGCGCCAUGUUUCGUUCGUCGACUGCCCGGGGCACGAUAUUCUGAUGAGCACUAUGUUGUCUGGUGCCGCUGUCAUGGACGCCGCUCUUCUCCUUAUUGCCGGAAACGAAACAUGCCCUCAGCCUCAAACGUCAGAGCACUUGGCUGCAAUUGAAAUCAUGAAACUGAGCCACAUCAUCAUUUUGCAAAAUAAGGUCGAUCUGAUGCGCGAGGAUGCUGCUCUGGCUCACUACCAGUCCAUCUUGAAGUUCAUCCGCGGCACAGUUGCCGAUGGAUCUCCGAUCGUUCCAAUCUCGGCUCAGCUCAAGUACAAUAUCGAUGCUGUGAACGAACACCUUGUCUCGCACAUCCCUGUACCUGUUCGCGACUUCACUGCCGCACCUCACAUGAUCAUCAUUCGAUCAUUUGAUGUCAACAAGCCUGGUGCUGGUAUUGAAGAUCUCAAGGGUGGUGUUGCCGGUGGUUCUAUCUUGACCGGUGUCAUAAAGGUGGACGACGAAAUCGAGAUCAGACCUGGUAUUGUGACCAAGGAUGAAAACGGCAAAGUCCAAUGUCGCCCCAUCUUCUCCAAGGUUGUUUCCCUGUUCGCCGAGCACAACGAUCUCAAGUUUGCCGUGCCUGGUGGUUUGAUCGGUGUCGGAACCCGCGUUGACCCUACGCUUUGCCGUGCUGAUCGUCUUCUUGGCUUCGUUCUCGGUCUGCGUGGCCAGCUCCCUGCCAUCUACAACGAGUUGGAGGUCAACUACUUCUUGCUUCGCCGUCUGCUUGGUGUUAAAACCGCCGAUGGCAAGCAAGCCAAGGUCGCCAAAUUGUCAAAGAACGAAGUGCUGAUGGUCAACAUUGGCUCGACCGCCACGGGUGCUAAGGUGGUGGGCGUCAAGGCCGAUGCUGCCAAGCUCGUUUUGACUAACCCUGCCUGCACAAACAUUGGUGAGAAGAUUGCCAUCAGUCGCCGAAUUGAAAAGCACUGGCGUCUGAUUGGAUGGGCCAACAUUGUUGCCGGAAACACACUGGAGCCACUCAUUGAUUAA